GAUUACUAUUUUUCUUAUUAGUUAACCUUAAAUUUGUGUGUCAAGAGUUAGGACUACAUGAACGAUUUUCGUUAUAGACUGUUUUAAAUUUAAUUGUAAUACUAAUUUAUAUGCUGUAGUUUUCCUAACAACAGAAUGGUUGCUGACGAUGUUCUGUUAGAAUUAAUUCAUUCAGAGCUAGUGGCUUAUGCAUAUAAUAAAGAAGAGGAAAAAGAUAAAAAGGAGGUUGAUUUCUCUUCUCUGGAAUAUGCUGGGUUCUUAUCUGGAUACAGGAUAAUAGAAAGGCUAACAAAAGACUGGCCAAGAUUUAAAGAUGAGCUGGAGACAUUGAAAUUCAUAUGUACUGACUUCUGGUCUUCGGUGUACAAGAAACAAAUUGACAACUUGAGGACAAACCAUCAAGGGGUUUAUGUUCUACAAGACAACGCCUUCAGGUUCUUAAGCAGAAUAUCUUCUGGGACACAGUAUCUGGAGCACGCACCUAGGUAUGUAGCUUUCACUUGCGGUCUGUUGCGUGGAGCCCUGGCCAACUUGGGUAUUGUGUCCCUUGUCACUGCUGAGAUACAACCCAUGCCUGCUGUCAAGUUCCAUAUAGAGGUCAAGAGGUCCUGACCACGCUAAUGUCACUGUACAGAUACAUCGUCAACUGUGUUCUCUAAACAGUCAUUAUAAUGUUUCAGUAUGUAGCUUUCACUUGCGGUCUGUUGCGUGGAGCCCUGGCCAACUUGGGUAUUGUGUCCCUUGUCACUGCUGAGAUACAACCCAUGCCUGCUGUCAAGUUCCAUAUAGAGGUCAAGAGGUCCUGACCACGCUAAUGUCACUGUACAGAUACAUCGUCAACUG